AUGAUACCUACUCCCGACCUCUCACAUCUGACGAAGGAGGACUAUGAGCACAUAUAUGAACCAGCAGAGGACACAUUUAUUCUCCUGGAUGCCCUAGAGCAGGACGCCCAAAAAUUACGAGAUUUGCAGCCGCUAGUAUGCCUUGAGAUAGGGUCUGGCUCUGGAUGUGUUUCCAGCUUCGUCGGAAGUAUACUGGGAGCCUCUGCAGCGCUGUAUUUAUGUACCGACAUAAAUUCUCGCGCUUGCUGUGCGACACGAUCCACUGGUCGGCAGAACAAAAUCCCCCUAGAGCCUCUCAAUACCUUUCUGGCUGAACCACUAUUUCCCCGUCUACACCAUGCCGUGGAUAUCCUGCUCUUCAAUCCCCCUUACGUGCCAACCUACUCCGACGAAGCUAACGCUGCACAGCAUGGCGCCGAUAUUCAGGGCUCAUGGGCGGGUGGGACCGACGGUAUUCAGGUCACGGAAAAAUUGCUGCAGCAAGUAGAAGACUUGCUUUCGCCUAGCGGUCGGUUUUAUCUGGUCGCAGUCACGCAAAAUGACGUACCUGGAAUCCGUGCGAGAAUGCUCAAGGAUUACGGGCUGCAGAGUGAGGUAGUCUUGCAGCGGGGGGCGGGUAUAGAGCACCUCUUCGUAAUUCGUAUGUCCCGAUAG